UGGACAUUCUGCUCAGGUGUAAACCUACAGGAGAAGAUCGGGGCAAGUGUCCACCUGUACUCACCGAGGCUCCCCAUGCGAUUUAGAACUCUACACAACUGAGAUCUGAAUUGGAGCCUCCUCAGAUCUCUGCCCUCCCUGAGCUGGAACCUAGAAGACACUCAUUCCUGCUCAAUGUGUAGGUUUUACAGCCGAGUUUUUGCUCAAGGUUUGUAUGACCUCUGGGCAGAGGGUGGAUGGUGUACCAACAACAGCCAUUGUUUAGUGUCUCCUUGGCCCAAUACUGGGUGCAGGCUCUCACAGCCAGAUCCGACAGAGGUGUUUCCUGGUUAUGGAAGAUCUGUGGAGCACAGCAGCUCCUGUGCUGAUGCUGCACCAAGGGUCCAGGUGGGCACAGUUGGGUCAGAUCAACUCCUCGAAACACAGCCACCCAGGUCUCAGUAGAUCAAAUUAUGGGUGAGUGUGGUCUUAUUAUGUAGUGAUGCAGCAUUAAACAGCAUCACACAAAGGCCAGUGAGCACAGCAGGUUCUUAAUUGUUCAACAAGGCAGAGAUGCCUUCAUCUUCCAUGGUAACUUAUCACUUCCCCAGUCUCUAUCUUACUCUGUCCAUGAUCAUUGAAAUUAGGGUGGCAUUAUCUCUCUCUCCUUGCCAUAGUCAUGCAGCCUACCUCCAUGCAUCAGUACACACCUUUCAGUGGGCAUUUUGGCUGUUGAGACAGCCACUACCUCUUCUGCUUCAUAAGGAGGUUGUUAGUGGUAUUGGAAAAACUAGUUAUGUGGCAAGUGACUCAGCCUUGUGGUCGGUGGAGGUAGACGUAGUGGUUUGGUUCUAAUUCCAAAUCCUUGUCUUGGCUCAUUAGUUCCCAAGAACCACCAGAACGUACCAGACUGCCCUCCGUAACAGCCACAAGAGCCACCCACAGAGUAUCUAUCGUGCCAUAUUUUGGUUCCAUCAAGACAAGAAGGGAAUGUCAGGGGACAGAGAGACGUAGAAGCGAAGUGUCUCAUCUGAUUGUCAUACCCCUACAGGUGUCUUCUGCAAUAUCACACCAAAAUAAGAUACAGUGGUACCUCUGGUUACAUACUUAAUUCGUUCCAGAGGUCCGUUCUUAACCUGAAACUGUUUUUAACCUGAAACACCACUUUAGCUAAUGGAGCCUCCCGCUGCCGCCGCACCACCGGAGCACGAUUUCUGUUCUCAUCCUGAAGCAAAGUUCUUAACCCGAGGUACUAUUUCUGGGUUAGCGGAGUCUGUAACCUGAAGCGUAUGUAACCUGAAGCGUAUGUAACCCGAGGUACCACUGUAACUCAAUAUUCAAAAGGCUGGAUACUACACGUCUAGUGUACCAGAGGUUAAGAGCACUGGGCGUAGAAAGCAGGGACUUGCACAGGAAUGAGUAUUAUCAUCCAAGCAAAGUCCCAAAGGAUAUUCCAGCUAAAAUCUCAAGGCUGUAUGGAGCAGUAGGAAGACUGGCAUGGGACCUCUCCAAACUUUGCCCUGAGAGUAAUCCGUUUCAGUUCUCCUUUUCUGAACGCGUGGGCUUUGGAGGAGGAGGACUUGUGUUGCUCAUCAUCAAUGACAUCACAGACACUACCCAAUAGUCAUCUUCCAAGCAACUCUCCUAAUCGCGAUGCAGAAAGAACUGCAAUUUUGAAGCAACCCCACAUUAUGAGCUGUUAGAGAAAGCAUAGUAUUUAAUUUUAUUAACAGAAUUUUAUACUGCUUAACUGUAAAUAAAAUACUGAAGUAGUUUGCCAAGAAUAUAAAAUAUACAUUUAAAAUGUCAAUAAAAACCAGUGUUAAAAACAAAAUAAAAUAAAAGCAUAAUGAAAUAAAACAACAGUUAAAAUUAUGUUCUAUAAGCUACAAUUGUGGAUAAAAAUGCAUGUUAGCUUUACAUGUUCUUUAAAUAGAAGCACUCCAUGGGAUGGGGAACAUCUGUACAGCUGCUUCACUAGUCUAUGACAUUGUCUUGCAACGAACUAGAGCAGAGCAGCUGCGGUCAAUUUUUCUUGCAAUAACUCCUGGCAAAGGUUUCGUUCACACUAGCUAGUGGUUCAUACCAGUUCAUACCAGAUAGCAUCCUGGGAUGGGCAGAUCAUCAGCUGGUUUGAACUGGUCUAAUAAAUAUGUUCUCCAUUAAAUAUCUGCAGCAACACUAUCAUAGUGUUUACACAUGUUGGUCCCAAAUGUUCUCAAAAGUGCUGACUUGAGCCUUUUGAGGAAAUCUUCUGCCCCCACACUUGACAACUACUCCACUAACUGGAGGGUCUUGUGAGGACAUCUGACAGCAACUUUCUAUAUUUUAGCACUCUGGCUGUGGCCAGCUGUGGGAGGAUAGAGGAUGGCUUCUUGGCCACACAGUGGUUUAAGGGCUUGUUGUUUCGAAUGUGGUCUUCUAGACAAGAGAGAAAAGGAAUUAAAGUUUACCAAUGUACAUAACAAGCCUCUUUAAAAAGUUGUCUCUAUAAUUAUCUAUGUACACUCGUGGGACAGGCAUUGAGGAAACAUCUCCUCAUGAACACGUUAGCAUAACCACAAGGUCCCUGUACAUCCUGUUUUGUUUUUCCUCUGGCUUAUUUGACUAAAAAUGAUUCACAUUACUACAAUCUGAGAAGCAAAUCAAUAUAGCUGUUCUGCUCCUUAUUUUGUAGUUAUCCAGCUCUUCAUAGACUCAUAGAAAUAUAUAGUGUUUAAAGGGACCCCGAUGGUCAUCUAGCCCAACCCCCUGCAAUGCAGGAAUCUCAACUAUUCAUGAAAACAUCCUUGUUGCCUAUUCCCUUUGAACAUGUUAUACCCCUCAAUUCCUACAUUCCCAUCAUGGGUCUCAUCCCACCAAAUUUUGGUAAUGCCUACCAGGUCAUAUUUGCCAUCCUGUUUUAAAAGCUCCAAUUCAUCUUGCUUGUUUCCCAUACUCUGUGCACGUGUUAUACAAGUUAUACAGUGCCUUUGGCUGACCCAGUCCCCUAUCUUUUGUUAUUUGCAUGAAACAGGGACAUGAAACCUGUGGCUCUCCAGAGGCUGUUGAAUUCAUCAUCCCUGACUAUUGACCAAGCUGACUGGGACCAGCAGUGGAUGGAGUAGUGGUGGGGUGGAGACACUUGUCUGACCUCCCAGCAGAUGAGUCGCUGCUGCUUACCAGGAGGAGGGUGAGGAUCAAGCUGGUUUGGUGCAAGAGCACCAGCAGAGCCACUGCAACACUCCUAUUAACUCAUAUGCACUGCACCACCCUCCCUGACACCUUGCCCUUCCCUUUAAGCAGCACCCAUUCACCUGCCAGGAGGUCAGGAAAGUACCUCUACCCCACUCCGCUGUCACUACUGGAUGUCAUGAGACCCGUGGAGACAUUGCAGAAAGGGUAGUCAGAUGAGGAUGAGGAAUGGGAAGAAUGCAGGGAAUUGGAGGAGGCUGACCCAAGGGACAAUCCUAGCAAGUUGAGGGAUGAGCACUUGGGACUGCACAGGACUUUGACCCAGGGAUGGUCCUAGUAAAUUGGGAGGUGGGAGGUGGUGAUCUGGAUUCAGGGGAAGGGUCUAGUGGCCUAGCAGAAGAACAGCCUGCCUCUAUGGUACUGGACACCCUAUGCACCUCAUCCCUCAAGGAAGACACCCAGGAAUACGUCUGACAGGGAGCCAGCUAUGUCCCUUCCACCUUUGUCUCCAAAGAAGCAUGGGAACAGUGCUGGUUCAAGCAAACCUUGCAUGUCCUGCCUGUGUGAAUAGCUGUGCACACCCCACUCUCAGAGGGAGCAUGUCAAGUGUUGGAUCAGUAGCUUAGUUGCACCUAGUCAUGUAUCAUAGUACUGUGUCAUGCCUUACCUGUGUGUAACCUGUAGACCCAUGGUGGAAUGCUGUACUGAAUUAAUCAACAGAACUUUCAAAACCUCCAGACGUGACAACAGUUCAAGUUCUGAGUUCAAGGGCAAGAGACAGGACACUGGCUGGGACCAAUGGGAUUUGGAUCCACACAACAUUUGGAAGGUAAAAGAUUUCCUAGCCUUGGUAUAAAAGAAUUACAAGUGUGUGACACUUAAGUAUUUAAGGCAAGGCCUUCCUACGAAGUAAAUAUGUUCUGAAGCCUAAUUUCCCAAAAAGAGAUUUGCCUAUGAAACCAUUACAUUUCACCAUAUGCUGAGAUCGUGGGAAAUGUCUUGUGACACUUGGUCAUAUGAUAUGAACAUCCUCUUGCUCUGAGGAUCUUUGGACACCCAUCAGUCAGUGGAAACAGUACAGGACAAACAGAAAUGUAUGGAUUUUGCCAAUAGGACUGAUAAAGGUAGGGCACUGGUUUUGACAAAUUUUCUCUUUGCAGGUGGGGUGAUGGAAAUGUUCCUUUCAAUUGGGGAAUAUUCAAAAUGUCUGGAUAAUUAUAAGUUCAGAUAAAUAGGAGUGGUGAUGAUGACAUGAAGUUCUAUGGAUGUGAAGGUCAAACUGAGAGAUCAGAUUCAUUAGGCAAUACAGAUCAGUAAGGUUGAGUUCGGGACACGGGUGGUGCUGUGGGUUAAACCACAGAGCCUAGGGCUUGCCGAUCAGAAGGUCGAAUCCCCACGACAGGGUGAGCUCCCAUUGCUCAGUCCCUGCUCCUGCCAACCUAGCAGUUCGAAAGCACGUCAAAGUGCAAGUAGAUAAAUAGGUACCGCUCCGGCGGGAAGGUAAACGGCGUUUCCGUGCGCUGCUCUGGUUCGCCAGAAGCGGCUUAGUCAUGCUGACCACAUGACCCGGAAGCUGUACGCCGGCUCCCUUGGCCAGUAAAGUGAGAUGAGCGCCACAACGCCAGAGUCGGUCACGACUGGACCUGAUGGUCAGGAGUCCCUUUACCUUUAAGGUUGAGUUGAGAGUUUGUGUUUAGAUAGAUCAUCCCAAAGGCCCAUCUGGUCCAGCAUCCUAUUCUCACAGUGGCCAACCAGAUCCUUGAGAAGCCUGCAUGCAGGACAUGAAUGCAACAGCACUCUUCCCCGCCCCCAUGAGUCCCAGCAACUGUCAUUGACAUUGCAGAAGGUGCAUAUCUUAUCUGCCAUGAACUUUUCUUAUUCCUUCUUAAAGAAAUCCAAGUGGGCUGCCUUUGCUACUUGCUGUACUAGCAAAUUCCAGUUCAACUACUGUAUGUGCUCUGUGAAGAAGUGAUUCCUAACCAGGCACUUCUGUGCAUCAAUGAUCUCUCUAUCGAUUCCAAGCAGUAGGAAAGCAGAUGUGGGGUUUUGUGUCUGUAGGCGAGCCUGCAAUACGUUCCUGGGUGUUGUUGUUGUUUACAACUUGGUGAUUUGCGUGUGUGUGUGUUUUUGCACUGCCAGUUCCCAGCACAGUAGAACCCAGAGCUUUAACCGCGUGCCAAUUCCACUCACGCCGUUGCGCCAAGAUCCCAUAGUAGGGCUGUUCAGCUUUGCAGCUGUGGUGUUGACUCAGUGCAAUUCAGAGUGGAAAAUGAAAUCCUGAGAUGAGAAGAAUUAGCAAGGGACAAACAGAGGCACCCAAGAACUUGCAAGUGGCCUUGUAAGUUGCAACAAGAGGCUGUUUUAGAGGAUAGAGACCCUUUGACUCAGCACUGUGGGCCAUGAAAGUCCAUCUCAUUCCCCUGGCUGUCGUGUCCUGCUGCUGCUGCUGCUGCUGCUGCUGCUGCCACCACCGCACAUUGCUGCUGGUAACUCCACUUUCAGAGAUGGAGGCGGCUGAGCAGGGAUUAGGAGAACAAGAGUGGCCUUUUACUCCUAGCUUUGCCCUUGGGGACAGGGGGUGUUCUGUGGUUUCUCUGCUCUGCAGUACUUAGCAGUUCCCCUCAAGUCAAAUGCCUUCCUGAGAGACAACGUGGCAACUGUUCACAUGGCAGCAGCAAUCUGUCAGGGUUAGAAAGGGUAUGCCAAGAGCGAAGCGGGAUAGCUCUCUGCCACAUCUUGGAUGCAGCGAUACUCUUCAUCUGUAGCAGCCUUCCUCCUCCCCACUCUUCAGCAGUCUGACUCAGCAAGCACUUCAGUUAAAGCCAGUCAGCUACAACCUCCCCCCACCACCACCACCGCCAACUACAUUUUUACAAUUCUGUUGUAAAGUGAGCCCCUUGCAGAUUACCUUUUCGCUGGAGACUCUGACAGGAUGCAUUUUAUAUACCCUUGCUGAAGAAAAACAGAAUCUUAAGUACUGAAUUGGACCAAGCAGCUCUUUUUGUUCCCCAUAAUACUGUUGUGAGGUUUGGACAGGAGGCGGUCAGCCUGCAUGAUGCCAGAAUCCCUUGUGAUCCUGGAAUCCUAGGUCCAGCAAGGGCUAAAAUCUAAUGUAGGAUUCCAUUGUUGAAUUAGCCAAGGAUUCUCAUUACUAUUUAUGUGAGUACUGUACAGUCCUUAGUAUGACAAGUGAAGUUUCUCCGUGUCAGAGGGCAAAUGGAUGGGGCCUUCUUCCUCACCUUGCUGGUAGUGAGAAAGACAAAAGCCACUUGUGUGAGAGAGAGCUGGAAGGAGGCUGCUGGCAGAAACCAGAGAUUGAUUUCUGCUUGAUUUCUGCUUGAAUCCAAGGCUGUGACUAUGGGAGAAGCAAGAGCCCCUUGGAGUGUUAAUGCUGUGAUCUGCAUCGUAGGCUCAGGUUAUAUAUAUGUGUAAAUAAACCAUAUAUCAUAAAGACACUACAGUCUCCGCUUUCCCUCUUUCCAAGGAAACCGAGCCCUGAACCCCCUAGAAUUCCACACUGCUUGGAGAUUGGGGUGGCAAACAAGACUUAAUGCAACUCUAACCUAACAGCUGCCAUCCCAUCUGGCUUCCUGAACUGUUUCUAUGCCAGCUGGUUGUUAUAAGAACCGUAACUUUCAAGACCUGGAGGCUGAGCUUGCUUUUUCCCCAUCCUGUUUUCUUUGGGGAUCUUUAUAAAGCUGCUCCAGGAGGCACUUCAGCUAAAGAGUGCUUUAAAGACACAACCAACUAAUUAAAUACAUCCAGGUUUAGGCCUCAAAGCUGUACUGCUGUAAGAUUUUCCUUCAAGUGACUAUUACAAGAUCCUGUAGAGGAGCUAUCUCAGGCCUUAAUCAUGAGUCUUUCCUGACCCGCCCCCCCCCCCCAGUUUUGAUGCAACAUUUUCCCAGGUGGGACUCUUCAGACACCCUUUUAUUGCACUUUCAUGAUUAUAUGUGCUCAUGAUGCUAAUGGGGAGCUCACACAUGAACUAUCACUACUGUUUGUGCCUGCAAAAGUUUGGUCACAUUGCUUUAUUCCCAAUCUGUGCAUAUCCUGUAACCUCCUGUUGGAAUCCCAUAUUUAUUAUACCACAAAUGUUCUUUUUAUUUUUGUUCCACUUUUGUUGCACUAUAACCCCUCCAGACAGCAAUAAUGUGGCAGCGUAGGGAAAGCAUUGCAGAACAAACUAAAAUAGAAUAAACCCACCACUAACGUGGCAUUGCAAUAUCAAGAGCCAACUACCUGGCAGCCUGUCCAAAGCUAGCAGAUCCCAGCAUCCCUUAAUCUCAUUGUUUGCAAAACAGGGCAGAGCUUGAAUUACCAAAGAACAAAAGUGAAAAGAUGGAGCUGGUAAAGUAGGAAAGACAAUGGGUACACCCAGACUAUACCUUUAAAGCAUAUUCAAUGCACAUGUAGAGCACAUGACUUCCCCCAAAUAACCCUACAGUUCCCAUAUUUCUCUGGUGAAAGCCAGAGGUAUAGUGUGGGUCUGGCCAAUGUGAGCAUUAUGGAAGAAUCGAGGAAGUAUUGAACUCGGCUGACAUGGUCUGGCACAUUUCUGUCGUGUGACUGUUGGUUGCUGCUGAUUAUCCCCCAACCCCCCAGGACAAGAGUAUGCACAGAACUACAGCAGGAAUUAGGUUGUGGCUAGAGGCUGUUGGAACAGAGUCAGAGUUCCUCUUUGAAGAUCUUAUCCUCUGGCUUAGAGUUUUCUUUCUGAAAUAAAGCAGAACAAAAGGAACCACGUCAACAUCAUGAUUUUUAGUGGAAAGAUGAACUGGGAGUGGAGACACUUGAGAUCCUGAAAGAGCACUUGGUGUCUCUCGCUGUGCGUAGAACCAUAGAACUGUAGAGUUACCCUGAGAGCCAUCUAGUCCAAGCCCCUGCAAUGCAGGAAUCAUUUGCCCAACGUGGGGCUCGAACCCACAAGCCCGAGAUCAAGAGUGUCAUGCUCUACCAACUGAGCCACAUUAAUAUGGGGGCUAAUCUCUUAUACCAUUUUAGUUUUCCUACCAUCACUCAAACAAGACCUCUGAAGGCAGGAAAUCUCUGUUGCACAUAUAUAUUCUGCUGUAAUUGUAUAAAAUUUUAUUGUAUCGCUGUAUUUACCUGUUAUCUGCUAGUUACUGUAGGAAAUCUGGAGUGCAUAUGCCUAUAAUAUUAUACAUAUAAUGAGUAUUUCAUGUGAUCUUUUUCAUAUUUUUAGCAGAACAAGGAGGUAGGGGACUCGCUUCGCAUCAAGAUUAAAGAGCAAGACAGGAAUUAGGAGGAGAAAAAUCUGUGCAGAUAAACUCGGCACCGAGAUAUUCUGAAGAUCCAUUCCCUAGUGGAUCUCUUCUGUCUCCACAACAGCAGCAGGCCGUAUAAUUCCUAAGGUUUGCUUUUUAAGGAAAUGAGGCAGAGUUGCUUUUGCCAGUUCCCAAACUUUCCCCCAUCAUCUGGAGUCCCUGUGCCCUGACUCUUGCAUGUAUAUUCCACCACAAUUCCCCAGUUUUCCAUGAGUCCAAAACCUCCUUACCCAAAUCCUGGAAAAACAAAAAUAAAACAACGGAACUAAACAUUUCCAUUGCGGGGGGGCGGGAGGGGGGAGGAGAAAAAUCAAGCUGUGUAGCCAGAGGAGAAAACAUACAAACUGAAUGUAAUUGUUCACAUUUGUUCCAUUUGCAUAAUUUAUUCCAAUCCUAUAAUUUCAGAUUUAAGAAAUUAUUUUUAGCACAGAUCUCUAAAUCUUUUGAGACUGCACAACUUUUCAGAAGGAGAAAUUAUUCUACUUCCAUGAUAGACUGAGCUACACAGAGAUAGUUUCUACAUGGACACUUUUUCUUAGGGAAGCGAUAGAGAAGAUUUCACAAGCACUCAAGAGGAUGUGUAUUGUGACUCUGAACUGGCUCAGGGGAAGCUAUGGAUGGUUAUGCUUGAUCACUGAUGCAAUAGCACUGCUAUGACCCACUAAUAAUUCAGAACUAUGUUGACAGUUGGGGAUGCACACAGUACCUGCUAUGUCAGAAAUGAUCUGCAUUAUUUAGGAUGAGUUAAAUGCAUCUUUGCAUUUAGACUUCAUGAUUUUAAAGGCACUGGGAGGGCUGACAGUUAUCAGAAUUUCACCUGGUAGGGAUGAGUGGGUUUAACCCUUUCCUCCCCAGGUGUAGCCCUGAUGAAAAUAGCCCCUUGUUAUUUACAUUGGAAGGAAAUCCUCCAUAUGCACCAAUAAGAGACCUUAGCAUUCCAGGAAAAUGUUAAACACCUCCAUCACCACUACUGGCUGUCUUGAUAAUCAUUAAUCCUCUUUGCCCCCCAUUGACUGAUAUUUCCUUCUUCUUUUUUUAAGGUGUAAAGAUACACUUAAUAUCACAUCUAGUUUGGUCCUCUGUUUAUUAUUUAGGUGCAAAAGCAUUGCUCUGAAACACUACCAGCUGUGUCAGGUAUAAAACUAGACAUCAGAUUGAAGUGAAAAAGUGGGUACAACAUUUCCAUGGGGUGGGGUUGAUAAUGGAGCAGAAAGCUGUGAUUGGUCAGCCCAGUUGUCAUCCUGUGCACUCACCAAUUCCUUUCUCCGUAAGAAACCAUUGCAAAAACCCUUUACAGUCUCCAGGGAGACUUCAUCCACGGAUAGCACCUCCUGCUCCUCAUCUGGAGUGUGGAAUGCAGCCAGUGCAGGCAGCUGAGACUUCUUCAGGUGAAAAUAAGACAUAACCCUGUCAUUGCCCUUUGCACGGACGUCCACUGAGAUAAAAAGAAUCUUCAAGGAGGCAAUAGGAAAGGCGUAGAGAUAUUUUAGAAUGCUCACACAGGCAAAUGAAUGUUAUCACGCAGAUUAUGAGAGCUCAGAGGAGCUCCAAUAACCUAGAUAUUUGCAAACUGUUGGCCUACGGGUCAGAUCUCGCCCCCGCAACCAUGUUUCAUGGCCCAUCAGACACACAGCAGUAAUAUCAUGGAGCUGGGCUAGACAUGGAGAUUCAAACCUCACCAGUCAACCCAGUGGCAGGAAGUAGAGGAAAUCACAUACUCUCUGCUUUUCAGAUCUGAAGAGCAGAGAGGGCAGGUAACACUGGGGGUUCUGGUCUGCCCAGAGGGGUUUAGACCUUUCUGUGAAGCACCACAAUGAAGGGAAUACCAUUGUGUGCAUCUGUAGUCAGAAUCAGCUUUGGGUACUAUGCACCUUGACUUGAGGAAUGGUAUGUGUGUAUGUGUGUGUUGCUGUUUUGCCUUGAGCAGCAAAAUGGGCCAGCCUUGCAGUCUCUUCUAACUGAAAAUAGCAAACCUGAAUUAGCAGAGGGGACAGAGGAAUGAGAGGCAAGGCCAACUGACAAGGGGGGGUCUGGGCAAUUAAAAGUGGGGAAUGACCAUCCUUUUUAUGCGGCAUUUCUUAUGAUUUGUGCUCAUAAUAGUAUCAUCUGCAAAAACAAAAAGUCUAGAGUGGCCCUAUAUCACUUCCCAUCCCAAAGUCAUGCAUUUCCAUCUACCUUUACUCACAUAGAAAAGAUAAACGCUUCUGUGUCAUGCCACCCUAUUCUGUUCUUCAUUUAAAUCUCCAUCGGGAAUUUUCCCCACCUCUACCUGGAGAAGCCAGAGACUGAAUCUGAGACCCUGUGCAUGCAAAGCAUUUGCUCAAUCUCUGAGCUUCCCCACAUUUGUAUUUUGUAUGCAAAUAAUAAUAACAAGAGAUGGGAAAGCAUGGUUUGGGGGAUGGGAUGGGUAGGGGAGAGUGACUCAGAGCUGUGUGUUCCCCAUGUUUGAUUCUAGCUAGACUAUGCAGACCAGACAGUUAUGAAGCUCUGUCUUUAAUAUGGGUUCCGCAUAAUAGCGCCAUGGACUUUAGGCAAAGAUUGUUGGACCUGCUCCUGCCCAAACACCAGCCUUUGAUCCUGCAUGUCUCAGAAGUCUUUUCACCUAUUAAAACAACAUUUGUGUAGAAGAUGUUUGGAACUGAAAAGCUGGGGGAAAGAAUUCACAUGAGAUCACCUACAGGUUUCUGAAGCCCCUGGUGUUUAGGUCAGUAAUUUAAACAGAAGCAACAAAGAAACCUCUACGACAUUAUAAGCUCUGAAAUUCUGACUCAGUGUCCUCAGCGCAGUUCACCUGGCAUGUCCGAGGGAGGGUUGUGCUGCCAUUUGAAGAAAGUUCUUCAGGCAUAUGGAAUAUUCAGAGACAUCAGGAGGUGGCCAAUGGAACAGGAGCAGCAGUGCCAUUGGCCACUCCAAGUUCUUUUCCAGAGUUGAACUGUGACUCAGAUAUAUAAUAAAAAUGGAAGCUGGCCAUCAGCAAAGGAAAUGGAUCCCAAAAGUCUUUUGAAAUACAUAGCAUUUCUACUUUGGCAAGUGACUACUAGUAUUAAACCAAAAGUUCCGUAAUGAGUUUUCAUGUAUUCUACAAAGUUAUUUUCAAUUCUAAUCUCAUAUCUCCAUGACUGUUCUCCUGGGCUACAUCCACACCAGACAUUAAAAGCACUCUCAUACCACUUUACCAGUCUUGCCUUCCUCCAAAGCACCCUGGGAACUGCAAUUUGUUAAGGUUACUGAGAAUUGUAAAGAAAGAGGCUCCUAUUCCCUUCACAGAGCUGCAAUUCCCAGCGUUCCCUGGGAAGAGGGAUUGAUUGUUAAACCACUCUGGGAAUUGUAAUUCUGUGUGGGGAAUAGGGGUUUCCAAACAACUCUCAUCACACUUAAGAAAUUACAAUCCCCAGGAUGCUUUGGGAGAAGCCAACACUGUUAAAGUGGUAUAAUAGUGCUUUAAAGGUAUAGAUGUGGCCCAUAUCUCCUGUUGCCACUGUCCAUUCCCUUGCUGCCACCCCUGGGCUCAGUUGGCAUGAUUUCCUGAGCAGGGGGGUGGGGAGAACAAAGUGUGAGGAAUUUAGUUCCUUCUCCUUUUCAUUGCUCACCUGCUGCUACUGGGGAGUGAGUCUUGGCAAGUGCUUGUUGAUGUCAACCCCAGCGGCGUAGCUAGCCGCUCGGGUGCCUGGUGCAGGGGCGUGUCCUGUAGCCGGGAGCAGGGCAAGCCGCCCAUGGGGCCAGACAAGCCUCUCCGAUGCUUGGAGCCUCUCUGCCGCUUCCCCCUCAGCUGUAGGACGGCUGAGGGAGAAGCAGUAGGCAGGGGUAAGUCCCAUGCUGCCAUUUCAGGCAGCAUAGAACCCGCAGGUGCCUAAGCCACCGCGUCACUCCUAAAAAGUUUUGUGAGCCCAAUUUUUAAUUUUUAAACUCAUUUUGUCACCCACCCGGUAAUGACACCCGGUGUGGACUGCACCCCUCGCACCCCCUUCUUCCGCCACUGGUCAACCCCGCUUUAGACCGUAGUGUGCCCAAUCAUAAAUUACUGCUUCUGUCUGGAAGGAUCAAAAAAACAACAACAACCCUUGCACCCCAAGUUGCCUCAAACUUACCUUCCCUUGGAAGAGAACUGCUGCUUCACGAUAGUUGUCCAUCAUCUCCACAUGCUUUGGGGAUGACUUGUCAGUGAACAAGAGAAGGUGGGUCUGAAUGGUACUAUUAAAGAGACCUACUGCAGUCUGUCAAUAUAUCAGAGAUGGAGAAAUAUGUUGAUUAGGGAAUGUGAGAUUUGAGGCACUCUUGGAGCACCAAGCCCUAAAACCUAGAACACUGAAAACGUAAGGCUAGCCCUCAGAAUCAUGACAAUGCUCCCUCGAGUUUGUAUCCAAAUGAAAGAGGAUAAUGCAAUGGAUUAAAAGCAGAGAGGUAAAGAGCAGAGGUGAUUUACAUUUCAGGAUGAAGUAGAGCUGGACCAAGGUGGUGCAGUUGAAUCUGCACAAAGUUCAGGCAAGUCCAGCUAAGAUGGUUAGUAAGAUAGGUGUUACUUGAUUUGUCAGAACAUUGAUCAGUUUUGCUCUGAUUAAUCUAUUUAUCAACCCUCAACUGUUUUCCUCUUUGUGUCUGCGCAUUGUAUUUGUUAAACUGGCAAAAAAACAAAAACCCACAAAUUAGAAGAAUUCACAGGUGUGCUCUUUUUAGAACUGCUGGAUUCAGACAUAGGCCAAUAGAUGCUUGAAUUCAAGCAAAAGAAGAGGCAUCUCAACACUCUUCUUCAAACAACAAACAGGUGGAUAAGUCAGUACAGGACUGUGCUAUUGGCUGCAGCCCACCCCCAGCCCUCAAUGGCUGCAUACUGAGCUUGACGUCUGCAAAAGGGAAGCAUAGGCAAUUGGUAAGCAUUUGUUAUACAUAAACAAUUUCUAAGGUCAAGCCACAUUAACCAACAUCCUCCUUUCCUAUUUUUGACUUCUCCUAUUUAUAUUUUGUUUGUAUGUUACUAUAAUUUUUCAAAACAGUAAUAAAACUUCUCUCUCUCUCUCUCUCUCUCUCUCUCUCUCUCUGUGUGUGUGUGUGUGUGUGUGUGUUUAAGAGUUGCUUGUAAGAGAAUAUGUUUCAGGUGAGGAUUUGGAAACUCAAGAUUUUCUCAAAAACACAAAUCCAGGACCCAAAUUGAUGGUGGAAUUAAAUAUUUAGUUCCUAAGGGGUGUGUGUGCCUUUUGUUGUAUUUGUGUUGUUGUUUAACCUGUAAGAAUAAAAGCAAUUAAACAUCAUUAUUUUUCAAGGAAGUCAAUAUUUUUUAAAAAGACAAAAGCUUGAUAUUUUAAAUCAAGGUCCUCUCCAGAUGGAGGAUGAUGAUGGUGGUGAUAGUUGCUGUGUAUUCUGCAACAGGAUAUUGACCUUGACACAACAACAGUGGUGGAUUUAUUCUGAUUUUGUUUGUUUUGAGAUGCAUCCCCUAUGCUACCACAUUAUUGCUGUCCAAGUGCUUAUAUCGCAAGAAAAGCCAGACAAAAAUACACCGGAACAUUUGUGGUAUUAAAAAUUAUGAGAUUUUGGCAGGAAAUUAAGGGGUGUGGAAGUGAAGCAGGGUUACCACCCUAAAACUUUUGCAAGCACAAACAGUAUUGAAGGUAAGGCCUCAUGUGACAGUUAUUAGCAUCAGGAGCAUAGAACAAGAAUAUAUCGAGGGCGUGGGCUUAUUUGUUUGCUUGUUCGUUUGCAUUUAACAAAGUUGAUUCUCUACAGUUCACAUUUGAGAUUGCAGAUCCCAGUUGUCCUUUUAAUGUUCAUCAAUGUUAUGUCUUUGUGUUUGCCCUAAAGGUUGCUGGCUGCCCUGUCAAACACAGCUUUUAAGAUCUUCAGCUCAGUCCAUUACCUCUUUAACUGGAAGGAUGCCCAACUGAGUUCAAUGGGACUUACUCCCAGCAUGCGAGAAUGCAGCCCUCACUGCUCCAUUUCCAUGUAUUUUAUUUACCACUCUGCAUGUAUGCUUUUUAAUCACCAUGGAAUUCUAUGCUUCCUCUUUUUAAAAAAACUUAUGUGAGUCUUUAUUCUAAACGUGAUAUAUACCACCAUUUGGCUUAAGCUGCUUCUCUGAGUCAGACUGCAAACCUUAAGAAGCGAAGGAUGGAAAAUCCUGUGGAAGUGUUACCACUGCAAUGGCAACCAAGAAAACACACACACACAGACACACACACACACACACAAGUACACCUUUCUGAUGCUAUCAUUCCCAUUUAGAAAAACAUAGCAGAAGCCUGGAAAACAUUUCAACACCGAUCUGAACUGUGUUUGAAAGCCACAAGUCCAAGCAGACUGGAUGCUAACAACAUGGAAAGUAGACCGGGAACUCUCCAUAUAUCACUGGGAAUGACUGAGCUGCACACACUAGCCCUCUGUGAAGAGCCUCAAGUCACCUGGUAUUGCCAAUGGGCUCCUCACAUAGUUUCCUGUCGGCGGAUAAUUUGUCAUCUGACUUUUUCCUUCCCCUUGCACUUUCCCCCCACCCUUCUCCCACAAGCCAAACAAGGGCCUGUGGACAACCUACAGCUGACCUGCCGCCUCCCUGUGCGCUACACCCACCCACAGGGAGAUUGGCAAGAUGGGGGGUGGGGGUUGAGAGAGGCUCUGUGUCAAUAAAAAGAAG